GUCUCAGUUGCACACCCGACGGGCCGGUGAUUCUUAGUUGGUUGUCAUGAUCUAUGGCUCUUGAUGGGCAGUUGGGUUUGCGACCUCCACGACUGAGUGAUGUGGUUAACACCAGACGUCAGCCCAGCCGAGUUCUCAGUCGGGUGGAGGGGACAGGCUGGCAUACUGGGCAGGGAAAGCAGUAGGAGGAUGGCUUCCAGGAAAGUGAGAGGUCUGAGAGCUAGCGAGUGUCGCUGGGCCAGGUCUGUCUACCACCCACGUGAAGGCGCAAGGUGGACUCUCGUUCUUGUUGGAAGUGGGCUCGCCAAGAGACGGAACCCAGGUUCCCGGAACUAAAGGCAGCAUGAUUCAUACUGCACCCGGACGAUGUUCCAGGAUGGCCCCAAGCCGGAAGUGGACUGGAAAAACCUAACCCGCCCCAGUUUUCUCGCGCGAAGGUAUGCUUUGAGCUGGUGGUUGACGUGGGACCCUGCAGCCACAAGAGUCAUCUCUGGGCAGCUAGGUUGCCCUCUUGCAGCUGAGGAAAGCUGCGGAGUUCCCCGCGGCGCAGAGUCCAGUGCGCAGGCGUGUGGGCGGGGCUGGCCCUUAAAGGGAGUGCGUUGUGGAGUCGGAGGAGCUGGGGUCUCUAAGUGCGAGGCUCUGUUGGGUAGGAAUGGAAACUGGGCGCCCUGUGGACCAGACCACAUUGGCGCUGAGUUUGGAUUUACUGCCGACGUGCCAAAGAGGAAUUGCAGAUUAAGCGCUUUUCUUCCGGUCUGGAGUCCGCUUCGCUAUGGCUCACGUUGGGUCUCGCAAGCGCUCAAGAAGUCGCAGUAGGUCCCGGGGUCGGCGAGGGUCAGAAAAGCGAAGUAAGAAGAGUAGUAAGGACUCCUCGAGAAACUGCUCAGCCUCCAAAUCCCAGGGUCACAAGGCCAGCAGCACCUCCACUACUGAGGAGAGAAGCAAGCACAAGGCCCGGAGGACAGCGAGAUCCAGCUCUUCCUCCUCCUCUUCCAGUUCUUCCAGCUCCACAUCGUUUUCAUCAUCCAGUGAUGGCCGGAAGAAGAGAGGGAGGCACAAGGAUAAGAAGAGGAAGAAGAAGAAGAAACGGAAGAAGCUGAAAAGGAAGGGCAAGGAGAAGGCAGUGGUGGUGCACAAGGCCGAGGCUCUGCCCGGCCCCUCACUGGAUCAGUGGCACAAAUCAGCUGGGGAGGACAACGAUGGCCCAGUCCUGACCGAUGAGCAGAAGUCUCGUAUCCAGGCCAUGAAGCCCAUGACCAAGGAGGAGUGGGACGCGAGACAGAGUGUCAUUCGCAAGGUGGUGGACCCAGAGACGGGUCGUACAAGGCUCAUCAAGGGAGAUGGUGAGGUUUUAGAGGAAAUUGUAACCAAAGAACGACACAGAGAGAUCAACAAGCAAGCCACUCGAGGGGAUGGCCUGGCCUUCCAGAUGCGAGCGGGACUGCUUCCCUGAAGGCCCUGGUAUCCCAGGUUUGUGAACUGCUGGAGGAGACCGAUGGGUCUACCUGCCCAUCCUCUUGUGGGUGGCCUCUGGCCCAGCCCAACAUCUUCGUGUGUGCAGUAGGUGGCCUGAGCACCAAAUUGGACAGUCACUAUUAAAUGAUCUUGGCCACAGA